UCGGAAGCCGACCUUGCUGACCCGGAAGUUGUUUGGAGCCGCGGUAAGCAUUGAAUGAAGUGAGACACGGCGGGCUGUUCUCUGCUUUAAACCUUCGCUCUAACAGGUUGAAGCUCUGCGGCCGUCAUGGCUCACAUCACCAUCAACCAGUACCUGCAACAGGUUUACGAGGCCAUCGAUAACCGAGAGGGCUCAUUCUGCGCCGAGCUGCUCUCCUUCAAACACCCACAUGUCGCCAACCCACGCCUCCAGCUGGCUAGUCCAGAGGAGAAGUGUCAGCAGCUCCUGGAGCCGCCAUACGAUGAGAUGGUCGCCGCUCACCUCAGGUGUACCUACGCAGUGUCCAAUCACGACUUUGUUGAAGCCUACAAGUUCCAGACUCUCGUCGUUCAGUCCUUCCUGAGAGCCUUCCAGUCCCACAAAGAAGAGAACUGGGCUCUGCCGGUGAUGUUCGCUGUCACUCUGGAUCUCAGGAUAUUUGCCAACAAUGCGGAGCAGCAGCUGCAGAAGAAGGGUAAAGGUCAGCCGGGGGAGAUGUUGGAGAAGGCUGCGGAACAGCUGAUGAGCUGCUUCAGAGUGUGUGCCAGCGACAAUCGAGCAGGGAUCGAGGACUCAAAGAAGUGGGGGAUGAUGUUUCUGAGUAACCAGCUGUUUAAGAUCUACUUUAAGAUCAAUAAGCUGCACCUGUGUAAACCUCUGAUCAGGGCCAUUGACAGCUCCAACCUGAAGAACGACUACAGCCCCGCCCAGAAGGUCACCUACAAAUACUACGUGGGCCGCAAGGCCAUGUUCGACAGCGACUUCAAGCCAGCGGAGGAGUUCCUGUCCUACGCCUUCCAUCACUGUCAUCGAUCCAGUCAGAAGAACAAGAGGAUGAUCCUCAUCUACCUGCUGCCUGUCAAGAUGCUGCUGGGUCACAUGCCGACUCAUCAGCUCCUGAAGAAGUACGACCUCAUACAGUUUGCUGAUGUCACCAGAGCAGUGAGUGAGGGGAACCUGCUGCUGCUGAACGAGGCUUUGUCCAAACACGAGACCUUCUUCAUCCGCUGUGGGAUCUUCCUCAUCCUUGAGAAGCUCCGCAUCAUCACCUACAGGAACCUCUUCAAGAAAGUGUACCUCCUGUUGAGGACGCACCAGCUUCCUUUGGAUGCCUUCCUGGUGUCUCUGAAGAUGAUGCAGCAGGAGGACGUUGACAUUGACGAGGUGCAGUGUAUCCUCGCCAAUCUCAUCUACGUGGGUCACAUCAAAGGUUACAUCUCCCAUCAGCACCAGAAGCUCGUGGUCAGUAAACAGAACCCGUUCCCUCCUCUGUCUUCAGUCUCUUAGACUACGUUACCCACAAUCCCCUCUGGCUGCUGCGCUCUACAUUACCCACAAUCCUCUCUGGCUGCUGCUCCUGGAAACUCUUCACAACGUCGUUUUUUAUUUUGUUGUGUAACAAAAAGUCUAAUAAAACAGCUACUGGUUCGUA